AUGGAGGCUCCAGAACCCACCUGCCCUGCCCCUCCUGCCAGGGACCAGCCAGCUCCCACUCCUGGCCCUCCAGGGGCCCCAGGUGGCCAGGCCUCACCUCACCUGACCCUGGGCCCUGUCCUCCUGCCGCCAGAGCAGGGCUUGGCCCCCACUGUGUUCCUAAAGGCCCUGCCUAUCCCACUGUACCACACGGUGCCUCCCGGGGGCCUCCAGCCACGCGCCCCCCUCGUGACAGGCAGCCUGGAUGGAGGCACCCUGCCGUUCAUCCUCAGCCCGGUGCUGCAGCCUGAAGGGCCUGGCCCCGCCCAGGUGGGGAAGCCGGUGGCCCCUACGUUGACAGUGAACAUUGUGGGCACUCUGCCUGUCCUGUCGCCAGGCCUGGGGCCUGCGCUGGGUAGCCCAGGCAAGGUGCGGAAUGCUGGCAAGUACCUGUGCCCGCACUGCGGCCGCGACUGUCUGAAGCCCAGUGUUCUGGAGAAGCACAUCCGUUCCCACACCGGCGAGAGGCCCUUCCCGUGCGCUACCUGCGGCAUCGCCUUUAAGACCCAGAGCAAUCUCUACAAGCACAGGCGGACGCAGACGCACCUCAACAACUCCCGGCUGUCCUCUGAGUCUGAGGGGCCUGGGGGUGGCCUCCUGGAGGAAGGGGACAAGGCCGGAGAGCCCCCCAGAGCAGACGGCAAGGGCGAGAACCAGAGCCAGGGGAUGCGCGAAGGGGCCUCGGAGAGACCCCUUUCUCCGGGCGCCCACGUGCCCCUUGUUGCCAAGAACCUGGAUGUGAAGACCGAGGCUGCUCCCUGUUUAGGGUCCCCACUGGCCGACAGAGAUGCUCCUUGGGACUCUGUCCCCACAGCAUCACCCGGGCUCACGGCAGCCGGCACGCAGCCCUGGCGCAAGUUGCCGGAACAGAAGUCCCCGACGGCCGGGAAGCCAUGCGCCCUGCAACGUCAGCAGGCCACGGCCGCCGAGAAGCCCUGGGAUGCCAAGGCCCCCGAGGGCCGGCUGCGAAAGUGUGAGAGCACAGACUCCGGGUACCUGUCGCGCUCCGACAGUGCAGAACAGCCGCCCGCGCCCUGCAGCCCCCUGCACAGCCUCUCGGAGCACAGUGCCGAGUCCGAGGGCGAAGGCGGCCUGGGUGCAGGGCCGGGGAGCGCGGGGCCUGAGCCCGGGGUGCGAGGAGCCGGCCUGGAGCUGGAGAAGAGGCAGCUGGAGGAGCGCAUCUCGCGGCUCAUUUCCCACAACCAGGCGGUGAUGGACGACGCCCAGCUGGACAACGUGCGGCCCCGGAAGACCGGGCUGUCCAAACAGGGCAGCAUCGACCUACCCACGCCCUACACCUACAAGGACUCCUUCCACUUUGACAUCCGUGCGCUGGAGCCGGGCCGCAGGAGGGCCCUGAGCCCCGCGCGCUCCACCUGGACUCCCCCUGACAAGUCUCGGCCCCUCUUCUUCCACUCCAUCCCCAGUCAGCUCUCCACCACUGUGGAAUGUGUCCCUGUCACCAGGAGCAACUCGCUGCCCUUCGUCGAGGGCUCCAGGACGUGGCUGGAGCCCCUGGAGCCCCGGGAUCCCUGGCCAAGGACGCAGAAGCCUCUGAGCCCCAGGCCCGGCCCAGCCCGCCUGGGUUGCAGCUCGGGGCUGAGCUCAGCUGACGUCCCCGGGCACCCCCGGGCCCUGGUCAGACAGGCCGCAGUGGAGGACCUGCCAGGCACCCCCACUGGAGACGCCCCGGUGCCUGAAGAAGACAAGGAGGCAAAGAGAACUGUUGCACGGGAAGCCGCGGGCAGCAAGGGCAGGGCGGGCGGCAGGAAGUGCGGCCAGAGGAGGCUGAAGAUGUUCUCCCAGGAGAAGUGGCAGGUGUACGGGGAUGAGACAUUCAAAAGGAUCUACCAGAAAAUGAAAGCCAGUCCCCAUGGAGGCAAGAAAACUAGGGAGGCGGGAGUGGGCAGUGGGGCAGAAUCGGGCCUUCCUCUGCAGAAAAAGGCAGCGGGGAGCUCGGGCACAGUCCCCACCCAAGACAGGAGGACCCUUGUCCAUGAGGACAUAUCCACAGGGGUCACACCAGAGCCUUGGGGAAAUCCACCUGCCGUAGAGGCCUCUUUGGUGACUGAGCCCCCUAAGCAUGGGGAGACAGUAGCCAGGACAGGAGAUGGUAACCGACCCAGGGUGGAAGAGGCUGUGUCAUCCCCGGCACCGCGCAGCAGAGACAGUCCCUAUUCAGGCAGUAGGAGCCCCCUGCUCUCUUCAAAUGGGAGGCUGGAAUUGGGGUGGCAGUUGCCCCCAGCACCUGGCUCCCUCAAAGGGAGUGACCUAGAGGCUCCCAGGCCAGUUUUGCCAGACCCCAAGCUGGAAGGAGGUGGGGGGAAUGUUCAGGAGACCUGCCCGUGGGCCCAGACUGUCCUGAGAUGGCCCAGCAGUGGUUCUGGAGGGGACAAGCUCCCCUCGGAGAGGAAGAAGCUGAAAGUGGAGGACCUGCACAGCCAGGAGCAACCGGAGCCUGUGGGUGCAGAGAGCCCACGUGGGCCCACGCAGGCUGCCUCUCUGCCAUCCCAGAAGCAGGAUGCUGAUCCUGGGGAGGUGCCAGGGGGCUCAAAGGAGACUGCCAGGCCAGCGGCCGAGCCUCUGGAGUCCUCUGGAGCCUCCUUGGCUGCUGUUUCUGUUGCUCCGAAGAGGCUGAGAGACAAGGCUCCCCCACUGCAUCCUGCAGCCCCAAGCCCCGGGGAGCAGCGCCCGCUGGCCACUCCGCCUCUGGCUUCUAGAAUCCUCCCUGCCCUGGCAGACAAUGCCUUUUCCCCCAAGUACCUCCUCAGUUUACCUCAGGCAGAGACCCCCUCACCACUGCCUGUUCCCGGGGGACCCAGGCACAGCCAGGACUCUCUCUGCAGCAGUAGGUGGCCUGAGGAACGGGCAUCCUUUGUUGGGUCAGGACUGGGGACCCUUCUGCCUUCCAGCUCAGCCUCAGGCCCCUCCCCAGGUGAGGCACACAGCAUCCUGGAGGACCCCAGCUGUUCCAGGCCAUGGGAUGGGAGAAAAGGGGCACAGCUGGGAGUGGACAAGGGAGACAGGAUGGCUACUAGCAGGACAGCAGCCAGGGAGUCGCACGUCUCAGCCUCAGGGGCUCCAAGGGAGACCACCUUCUCCCAGCCCACCCCAACGUGUGAGGCCCAUUUGGUCCAGGACACGGAGGGUGACCGCCACCGUAUCCAUCGCCUCUGCAUGGGCAGCACUUUGGCAAAGGCUAGGCCCUCUGGGGAUGUCCCAAAUCCCUGGGUACCCAGCUGGGAGGUAGGGGAGCCUCCUGAGAAUGCCCCAGAAGACCCUCCUUCAGAGUCCCUGGCAGGGCCUGACCCAAGUUCCUCCCUCCAGCCUGGCUCUUUCCUCACUGCCCUCACUCGGCCUCAGGGUGUGGCCUCAGGUUGGCCAGAGCUGGCCCUGUCUUCCCACUCAGGGACAUCCCGGAGCCAUGACAUCCACAGCCUCCACAGCCCCUUCCCCUCGCUGAAGGCCGAGCCGAGGCUCACAUGGUGCUGCCUGAGCCGCAGCGUCCCUCUGCCUGCGGAGCAGAAGGCAAAGGCGGCAUCUGUGUACUUGGCGCUGCACUUUCCUGGCAGCGGCCUCCGGGAUGAGGGUCCGGACGGCCCUCCUGGGAGCAAUGGAGGAUGGACCCGGACAAGCCCUGGAGGAGGAGGGCCGGUGCAGAUGUUCAAGCUCCCCUACCCAACAGUCUCAGGGGUGAUGUCCCAGGACCAGGUGUCUGAGCCACAGCAGAAGAAGGGCCUGCCUUGUAGGAGGACAAAGAUGUCUUAUGGGAACAGCAAGCAGAGAAAACUGAGGAUCAACCCCAAAAGGUACAAAGGGAAUUUCUUGCAGAGCUGUGUUCAGCUGAGAGCCAGUAGACUUCGCAAAGCAACCUGUGUGCGAAAAAGAAGCCACCCCGCUCCCCCACUCGAGGGACUGAAACCAUGCAGGACCCUUGGGCAGGCUUCUUCAGAAACAGCAGGUCUGUUGCUCGAGGAACCAUCUUGUGCCACCUCAGAAUCACCUCCUUGUUGUCGGAAGGAAGAGAAGAAGGAAGAUGACUGCAGGCAAAUCUCAGGAACCCUCUCUCUUGGUACAAGUUCAAGGACUGUCAGGGAAAUGGACAAACGAACUGUGCAGGGUAUUUCUCCAUCUGCUGGUGAGCAUGGUGAUUGUACUCCUCACAGCACUGCUGCCACAUCAGGAGUAUCUCUGCAAUCUGACACCAACUUGGCAGUGGUUAAUGAUACGCCUCUCCCUCCUGGCAGAGGUCUUGACCUUGGGUUGCUGGAGACUCAGCUGCUUCCUUCCCAGGAUCCAGUCUCAACAGAUCCCACACCAUGCAUUUUCUCAGAUGCUCAAGGGCCUUCUUCCUUUGGGUCCAAAGGAACUUUUCCCCGCCAUGGCAUUCCUACCUCUGUGGCUGCCAUUUGUGUUUCUCUGACAGCGAGAACGGAUCACAUAACCCAGGGAAUUCACAGUGCUGAACCACAAGACCACAGCCAGACCGCGGGGAGGAAUCAGAUACCACGCUCCCCAGACAGCAGAGCCACAGAAGAGGGCAGAGCACAGACCCUCUUGCCAGGGAGACCUUCAUCUGUACAAAGAAUUUCAGAUUUGGUUCCACUGGGGUCAACUGAAAAAACUCAUCUUGAACUACCAGCUUCAGGACCAGGUUCAACUAGUUCACACCAAGAGGAAGGGAGACCGAAGACAUAUUUUCCUCCCAGAGGCCAGUAUGGGUGUGGGGAAACGACUGUCCCCUGCCCCUCUUUAGGAAGUGACAGUGGGAAAUGUCAGGGAUCUGAAUUAAUCACUCGGAAGGGUUCUGUGGUUCCUUCUAACCCAGGGCAGCCCAUAGGAAUUCCUGAAGCCCCUUCUAAAUCCCUCAAGAAGAGGAAUCUGGAAGGAAUAAGAAAGCAAACUCGAGUGGAGUUCACUGACACCAGCAGCGACGAUGAAGACCGAUUGGUGAUAGAAAUAUGAAGCUUCCAGAGAAAGAUGGUGUCUUUGGUCAAAGUCUGUUGUUGACACUUCACAAGUAAAUGUCGUCGGGCUGGCAGAAGAACUAAACUCUAUCUAUGUAACACCUACAGAUUAGGAGAGCCACUUUGAGUUCUUUAUAAGCCAACUCCGACUGACUCCAGACCCCCAGCUCGGCCACAGCCUUCCCUCGCUCCCCUUGGGUGUGCUCUGCUCACGUUCACGUGGUGCCAGGCAGGGAAGACAUGGCAGGAAGCAAACUCUGCAAAUGGCCAACAUACACAGUGACUUUCAGGCUCGUCUUGUGCACCUGUCCCCCACUGUCUCUCUGCAAUCAAUUGGCACUAACCAAGAAAGCCACGAUCAACACAUUUCUCCACAAGUGGACCCCACAGAGUCGAGGCAACUGACUUUCUCCCUUAGUAAAUUGAGGGUUUGCUUCCCAGGUGGAGAGCAUGCUUGGGAUAAUUGGAGAAGUUUGACAAAGAGACAGGGGUGUGAAUUGGGCAGGAAGAGACUUCUGUUCAUUUUGGAGACAAAAUUCAGAUACAUUAAAAAACCGAAGCUUGUUCAGGGUAAUUCACAUCGUUAGUGGAGUUGUAAAUAUCCUUAAAAAUGCCUAUGAUCCAGUGAAAUGCUGAUCGCUUUUAAAUUUUGCACAAACGGUCAAUGCCUAUUGUCAGAUGACGCAAACAGCUGCUCUUUUGCCUGGUACCUUUCCUGUGGAGACCUCUGAGACCGCUGGUUUUCCUAGCUCUUGCAAAGGAACAUUGUGUUAAAAGUUAAUAGAACUGUCUCUCUGUAAUGAGUCUUUUUUUUUUUUUUUUUUUUUUUGAGAGGGAAAAAGUCACUUAUUUUCCUCUGAUUCUUUUUGUCACAUUGUGCUCUGAGGAAUUUCAAUUAGAAGGUUACAUUUUAGUAAUCUGUACAGCUUAAACUGAUGCCUGCUCAUCGUGACGGGAGCCUUUUAGAUUUCCUCCAGAAGCUUCAAGGAUACAAAACUAAUUGGAGUUUUGACGCUGUUUUACGUCUCAGUAAUUUUAUUUUCGGGGCUUGGUGUUACUUUGCUGUCAAAUUAAAUCAGCUUCUGUAUUGUGCAAGUCAGAACUGCACAGAUAAAAUUCCCCAGUAUUCCAAGCCAGUGCAUCCCUGUGCAGAAGAAAAUAGCAGAUCUACGCCAGCCAGCCCAGUGAGCAAAGCUUCAGAUCCACUGCCUUCCUCUCCCCCUCCUUUCAUGGGAGAGGAGAAACUUAAAGAGGUUUACAUUGCUACAUUUCAAGAAAAUUUUAUACUUGCUUUUGGUA